UCGUAAGCGAUGUAAAAUUUCCUGGUGAACCAAGUAUCUGUAUUCUUCACAGAUUUGGAAAGGAUGCAUUAUUUUCCACAUCUUCAUAGAUGGAGGAGCCAACAUUAGGAAACACAUAAUUUGUAGUCUCUGAACUACUGUAACCAAAAUCCCUUUCUGUCAUCAGAAGUGGCCUAUAAGGCUCCAGAAGAAACCCAGCUGUGGCAUCCAUGGUCGCUGUUUCCUCCCCUCACUGCAGUCCUCCUCCGAGGCCCAGGCCGAGGCUGUGCCUUCCAGAUCUUUCUCCAGGGGCCAAUGGGCUUCAGGGCUCACCCGGCGAGCUCCUGUGCAGGCCGGGCGGGUUGUCUCGGUCUCGGUCUCGGUCACCGCUGCGGGCUUCCCCGCCCUCUCCGGCGCAGGCGGCCCGCCCAGGGCACAAUCCUGACGGUCGCAGGGACACGGUGGCCGCGCGAGCCGGCGACACUCCGAGCCUCCGCCGCCGCCAUGCUCCGGGUGCUGGUGGUGGGCGCCGGGCUGACCGGAAGUCUGUGCGCGGCGCUGCUGAGGAAGGCGAUCGCCGGCCCGCUGUACCUCGCGCUGUGGGACAGGGCUGGGGACGCAGGUUUUAUGAGGAGCUGUUAGCUCAUGGGAUUUUGGAGCCUCUGACCUCUCCUAUUGAAGGAAUGAAAGUUCAAGAAGGAGAUUGCAACUUUGUAGCACCGCAAGGAAUUUCGUCAAUUGUUAAGCACUACUUGAAAAAAUCAGGUGCAGAAAUCUUCUUCAAACACUGUGUGACCCAGAUCAACCUGAGAAAUAACAAGUGGGAAGUCUCCAAGGAGACAGGCUCCCCCGAGCAGUUUGACCUUGUUGUCCUCACCAUGCCAGCUCCUCAGAUUCUGGAACUUCAAGGUGACAUUGUGAACUUAAUUAGUGAAUUCCAAAGGCAGCAAUUGGCAUCUGUGAGCUAUUCCUCCCGCUAUGCUCUGGGUCUCUUUUAUGAAGCAGGCAUGAAGAUUGACGUCCCUUGGGCUGCCCAGUACAUCGCCAGUAAUCCCUGUAUACGCUUCAUCUCCAUUGAUAAUAAGAAGCGCAAUAUAGAGUCGUCAGAAUUUGGUCCGUCCCUGGUGAUCCACACCACUGUCCCAUUUGGAGUUACGCACUUGGAGCGCAGUGAGGAGGACGUGCAGAAGUUAAUCAGCCAGCACCUGGACACCAUUCUGCCGGGUUUGCCUCUGCCGGUUGCUACCAAGUGCCAGAAGUGGAGGUAUUCACAGGUUACAAACUCAGCUGACAACUGUCCUGGCCAGAUGACUCUUCACCUCCACCCUUCGUUGGUGUGUGGAGGAGAUGGAUUUACUCACUCCACCUUCGAUGGCUGCAUUGCCUCUGCCCUGUGUGUCAUGGAAGCUUUGAAGAAUCAUAUUUAGUGUCUAUGUUCUUGUUUCUACAUUCUCUUUGGGACUCUUUGUUUUCACAGACCUCUGCUAUGAAUUAUUCUGGUUUUUCUGUGGAGAAGAAUUACUUGGAAAAAUUUAAGUCUCAUUUUUCAUAUGAAAUAUAAAAACAAUGUAAUAAUAUUGAUAGCUACCACCCAUAGUAAAAGGAUAAUUUCUUAGACUUUGCUCCUUCCCUGCAUUCUCUGAUUUUCUAUGACUGAUCCUUGUUAAAGUAAAAUAAUUCUUAUGAGGAACAAAUAACCAUCCACAGAAUUAUACUAAACCAAAGUUCCCAUUUAUGGGCCCAAACCUUUGUUAUCUUUUUGAAAACUUCAGUCCUGAAUAAAGAACAACCAUUACCAA